AUGCGUGACACUUCAAACGUGAGGAUCACUAGUCGAACACCCUUCCGAGUCUGGCUUGUGCGGUGGACGUGGGAUGCGCAAUGGGGUUCGACUGCCCGCCCUAUUUAUUAUGACAUGGGCAUGCGUGUUGACGGAGCUUUCAGAAGAGGCGUUGUGCGGUUCACCGUGUUGGGGAGGAGCGUUGUUGCGACUACAACGCGUUUGCAAAGCACUGUGAUAGGAAUUGUCCGAAGCCACAUUUGUUCGUGCAACAGGGAGAGCAAAAAAAAAAAAAAAAGCUUCGUUUGUAGAGUUGCGGUCAUGAACAACUUCAGAUCUUGGAUUUGUAGAAUACACCUCCUCGAACAUGAAACGCAAGUCCGCCCAGCGUGGGUCACCGGAAUACAUCGUCCCAAACGGCAACCGGAGCGGUCAGGAUAUUCGAUUGAACGCAGUGACGCAAACCGGGCUUUCCUAGCAUCCAACUAA